GAUCCGGCGCCGCUUUCUUGCUUUAAGCUGGGUGUGGCCCGGUUGUUGCCUCUCGGCUGCUGGGCAUCGUUAGCAGCAGGUAGCGGCGGCGGCGGUUGCUGCGCUGGGCAUCGCCAGGUGCCGCUGCUGGCGCUGGCCUUGGGGGGCCGCUGUGCUGCAUUGCAGGGCAGGCGCUUCCUCCUCCUCCUCCUCUCUCCCUCCCCUCCCCCGGAGGGACACGGCUAUCUGGGCCGGGCAGCCGAGCUGUCCCUGAGCAGGAAUGUCCCUGCUUGCCCAGAUAAUGUUAUUUAUAUCGCCGGCGGAAGGGCGGCUCCGCUCAGCUCUCCCAGGACCACCCCGGCCCUCCUGGGGCUCAGUCUCGCCGCUGCCCUGCGCUCUGUGCUGCCUCUCCUCUUGCUACUCUAGACAGGCAUAUAGUUAUGGAAUUUUCUGCAUGAAGACUACCACAAAAUCUUACCUACCUGGGGCCAAGGAAAUUUGUGGAGGCUUUUGAUGAUAGCCGAAAUUAGAGAAGCAGCAGAACUCCCAGAACAUGACAUCAGCCACUGAUUUUGAUCACUUGGAGAUUCAGCCGCAGUACAGUCGAAUCAAUGCUCGAUGGGAAGCCUCUGAUGAUGAGUUGGACAAUGACAACAGUUCUGCCAGGCUUUUUGAGAGAUCCCGGAUCAAAGCUCUAGCAGAUGAGCGGGAAGCUGUGCAAAAGAAAACUUUUACAAAAUGGGUGAACUCUCACCUGGCACGUGUAACCUGUCGCAUUUCUGAUCUUUAUAUGGACCUCCGAGAUGGACGGAUGCUAAUCAAAUUGCUGGAGGUGCUUUCUGGAGAGUUACUGCCCAAGCCUACCAAAGGUCGCAUGCGAAUCCACUGUUUGGAGAAUGUGGACAAAGCCCUGCAGUUCCUCAAGGAGCAGCGUGUGCAUUUGGAAAACAUGGGGUCUCACGACAUUGUUGAUGGUAACCAUCGUCUGGUGCUGGGCCUCAUCUGGACAAUUAUCCUGCGCUUCCAGAUCCAGGAUAUAAUUGUUCAGACUCAAGAAGGCCGGGAAACCCGUUCAGCAAAGGAUGCAUUGUUACUUUGGUGUCAAAUGAAAACUGCAGG